GUAACGAAAUAUCGGCACUUUCCAAAUUUGCCCCCCGCGUCUCUCCACUCGCUCGCUCACUCGCCCAGCCGCACUGCCUGCGCUCACUCUCUCCCACUCGCCCAGCCGCACUAGCCGGCCUCGCCGUCGCUUGCCGGCCUCCCCCCUCUCCCCGUAGCUCGUCGGCCUCCUCGUCGCUCACCGGCCUCCCCGUCUCCCCAUAGCUCACCAGCCUCUCCCUCUUCCACCGCCACUUCUCCACCACCCCGCCUCCACUCACAUCCCGGAGGUAAAAAAAGUCCAAUCUUUUGCGCCGGCGACGAGCCUCUACUCCACGGAGGCGUGGAUAUGGAUGUGCUAGCGCUGGAUCUGGGCGACGGAGGCGUGGAUGUGGAGCGGCACCCGAGCGGCCGAUCUGGAGCGGUGCCGGAGCGGCGGAUCUGGAGCAACGUCGUCGUCCUGACGGUGCCCUGCCCCGCCACGCCACGUCGUCGUCGUCGCGGAGUAGCUGCUUCCUCCUGCAUUGCUGCUGUUGCAGGAGAAGGAGCACGCCCAGGAGAAGAAGGAUCAGGAGAAGGCCCUGAGGACCUGGGAUCGCUGUUGCUGGAUCUGGAUCUGGGACCUGGGACCGCUGCUGCUGCGUGCUCCUUCUGGGAGACGAGGAUCCUCCUUGGCGCCCCUGGAUCGCUGUUGCUGAAGACGCCCCUGGAGGGGACCUGGGCCUGGGAGCGUGGAGGAGAAGCAGGGGCGGGCGGGCGGGUGAUGGCCUGGCGGAGAAUUUCAAAUCCUCGGAUGGAGGAAGAAGACGAUGGGGAUACCGAUUCAUACUAGGGGCAGCGAUGUAAAUUCCACUGUUUUCACCUGGUCGGAACCAAUCCUCCAGCGGCCUACAUUUCGGAACGGAGGGAGUACUUGCCAACAAUUAUGUAUAAUAAAUCAUGUCAUUGUAUCUAGAAAAAGAUAUAUUGUGUUUUC